AUGGCUAGCGACAGUGCUGCGGCGACCGUCGCACAGGGGCAGACGCCGUACUACCCUGAGCUUCAUGGGAGCCCCGCGCCAGAUCUCCUCGAGGGACGCGUCUGGGUAGACGGGUGCUUUGACUUUUUCCACCACGGCCAUGCCGGUGCCGUCGUUCAGGCCCGUCAGCUGGGUGAUGAGCUCUACGCCGGUGUGCACACAGAUGAAGACAUUCUGGCCAACAAGGGGCCUACGGUCAUGACUCUAGCAGAGCGACUGGCCGCCGCCGAAGCCUGCCGCUGGGUGACGCGCACGGUUUCGCACGCGCCCUACGUUACGGACCUCGACUACAUCACCGCCUUUGGGUGCAAGUACGUCGUGCACGGCGACGACAUCACUUCCGACAGCGACGGCAACGACUGCUACCGCUUCGUCAAGGCGGCCGGCCGCUUCAAGGUGGUCAAACGGUCCCCUGGGAUCUCGACGACAGACCUGGUGGGCCGAAUGCUGCUGUGCACCAAAACGCAUUUCAUCCGAUCGCUGCAAAAUACGGUGGAGGGUGAGGAGGGACCCGGAGAUGAGGAGGAGCGUCGCGCUCAGGCUGCUGCCAUGCUUGAGCGUAUGAAGCUGUAUGCCACGGACGAGACGGCCAAGGCUCCUGGGGCGGAUGUGUGGUUCUGGUCCGAGGCGAACGCUACAUCUUUCACCAAAUCGAUUGAGGGUAAAGGGUUGCGGCCCGGCCAGCGCGUGGCGUAUGUCGAUGGCGGAUUUGACCUGUUCUCCAGCGGACACAUUGAGUUCUUGCGUCAAGUUGUUCUGCGCGAGGAAGAGCUGGCCCGUCAGAGUGGGUGGUACAACAGUUCUGCUGUGGCAGAGCGCAAGGCGGCCAACAGCGGAAAGGACUACCCUCCUGCCUACGUCAUCGUUGGCGUCCAUGAGGACGGCGUGAUCAACCAGUGGAAGGGGGUCAACUACCCCAUUAUGAACAGCUUUGAGAGAGGAUUCGGCGUCGUCUUUGGCGCACCCUUCUCCCCGAACAAGAUAUACCUCGAGUCCCUCCCGACGGGCGGCACCCCCUCGGUCGUGUACCACGGCCCCACGUCUUUCAUGCCCCUCACCUACGACCCUUACACGGAUGCCAAGACCAUGGGCAUCUACAGCGAGAUUGGCGAGCAUGCUUUUGCCGACGUCAAUGCCGGUCAGAUUGUCCAGCGUAUCUUGAACAGUCGCGACAGGUAUGAGGCCAGGCAGAGGAAGAAGGGCGUCAAGGCUGGACUGGAACAGGCUAGUAGGCAGAGGGAGAUACUCGAGGAGGAGCAGAGGAAGAGGGAGGCCCAAAGGGCUGGUUGA